AUGUCGCCGGCCGCCCUUACCCCCGAGCCAUCCUUCCAGGUGCAGCCCAUCAUCAAGCGGAAAGAUCAGCUGUUCAACUUCGGGGCUACUGUGGAAGGACUCGAUCUCAACCAGAUUUCCGACGACGAUGUCCAGCGACUCAAGGAGACCAUCUGGACGCAUAAGGUGAUUGUGGUCAAGGGCCAGCAAAGCCUGACUCCGCAGAAACAUUGGGAACUAGUCACGCGCUUCGACCCCGACGCUUCUCAGGAGCACAGCCACGGGAAACUGGAAACGUUUCAAAAGAAAGGAGGCGUGCUCUCCCGGUCUCGCGACGUGUACGGCAUCCCUGGAGCAGAGAACGUGCGACUGAUUGGGAAAGGAUAUCAAGGCGACGAUCACUAUGGGCUCAAGAACCUCGAUGUCAAGGGAUUGUCGAACGAUUUCCACGCUGAUCCGCCCCGCGACGAAGAGUUCCAGCAAGGGUUCACACGCUUUCAACGAUGGCACAUCGAUGCGCCCCUGUAUGGUCGCGAUCCCGCGUGGUUUACCACCCUCCGAGCGGUCAAGCUUCCCUCUGGACCGGACCUGACCAUCCGCUGGGACGAUGGGUCCGGCCUGAGUAUGCAAUCGCCGCCGGGGCUGACCGCCUUCUUCAGCACGUCGCAACUGUACAACCUGCUGAGCGCGGAGGAAAAGCUGGUUGCCGACCACAGCUGGGUCGAGUACGCACCAUAUCCGUACAUGUGGAUUGAGAAUUGCAAAGCCCCUUCGACAGGACUCGGGCUCAAGUCAGAAGGCAAGGAGCAUAGCAUCGAGGAUCUGGGCGAAUACGACGAGAAAGAUGUCAAGACAUAUCCUUGCGUAUGGGUCAACCCUGUCACGGGUGAGAAGGCGUUCCAAGUCCACGGGAUCGCCGUGCGAAAGCUAUUCCUCCGCUCGUCCGUCGCCGAGCAGCCCCAAGUGGUCGAGGACGUCGAAGCCAUCCGCGCCUUCCUGCACAAUAUCCAAUCCCGCAUCCUUCGUCCCGAAUACAUUUGGCUCCCCGAGGUCGAGGAAGGCGACAUCGUCAUGUGGGACAACUAUGGCACCUUCCACACCGCGGUGGAUUACCCAGUCCAGAAGUACGGCCCUCGGACCAUGCACCAGGCAAAUAUAGGUGCCAGCAGAGGGCCCGUUGGACCUGUGCCCAUACCUUCCGUGGGUUGA